CCAGGGCUGUCACAGGAGGCGGUGGAGCCCUGAGCCAAGCUGGGUGGGAAGAUGGCUGAGAAGCUGGUUCCCGGGGACCUGUUCCUGAGGAAGACCCGGGAAUCGGUGUCAUCUCUGGACUCGGACAAGCUGGCACCCAUCUCACCCGAGGCGGGUGGCGAGGAGUCGUCCGACAGCGAGGGCGAGCAGGACGACAGUUCUCACAAGCUCAUCCGGAAGGUGUCCACCUCGGGGCAGAUGAGGAGCAAGAAGAGUGUGAAGGAGGGGCUGUUGCUGAAGCAGACGAGCUCCUUCCAGAGGUGGAAGAGGCGAUACUUCAAGCUGCGAGGCAGGACGCUCUAUUAUGCCAAGGAUGCCAAGUCCCUGAUCUUUGAUGAGGUGGACCUGUCCGAUGCCAGUGUGGCAGAGACCAGCACCAAGAACAUCAACAACAGUUUCACGGUGAUCACGCCAUUCCGGAAGCUCAUCCUAUGUGCGGAGAACCGGAAGGAGAUGGAGGACUGGAUCAGCGCCCUGAAAUCUGUCCAGAAGUGGGAGAUCCACGAGGCCACACAGUUCAACAUGGAGCACUUCUCGGGCAUGCACAACUGGUACGCCUGCUCCCACGCCCGCCCCACCUUCUGCAACGUGUGCCGCGAAGCCCUCCCGGGAGUCACCUCCCACGGCCUCUCCUGCGAAGUCUGUAAGUUCAAGGCACAUAAGCGCUGCGCUGUCAGAGCCACCAACAACUGCAAGUGGACGACCCUGGCCUCCAUCGGCACAGAAAUCAUCGAGGAUGAGGAUGGGGUUCACAGCGCCUGCAAGGAGCUCUUGGGCAGGAGGUGCCCCCUGGGCCAGUACAAAGUGUCCAUCAUCCCGCCAACCGCCUUGAACAGCAUUGAUUCAGACGGUUUCUGGAAGGCCACCUGCCCCUCAACCUGCUCCAGCCCUCUCCUGGCCUUUGUCAACUCCAAGAGUGGGGACAACCAGGGCGUCAAAUUUCUGCGCAAGUUCAAGCAGUUCCUCAACCCGGCCCAAGUCUUCGACCUCAUGAACGGGGGCCCGCACCUGGGUUUGCUGGCUGGGUCCCCGCUGGGCUGUUGGCACGGCGAGGACCUCCCUGCCCUGAAGGAGGAGGAGAACGGGGACUCCAACAUCCAGUGCCAGCUGGGUGUCCUGCCUCUGGGGACCGGCAAUGACCUGGCACGGGUGCUGGGCUGGGGCAGCCUGUGCGACGAUGACACCCAGCUGCUGCAGAUCCUGGAGAAGCUGGAAAGGGCCACCACCAAGAUGCUGGACCGGUUCCUCUGCGGCACCGUCAACGACUUUGUGGCCGAAGUCGGCCGGGCUUACAAGAAGGCAACAGAGAACAAGCAGGAGGCCGAGCUGAUGGCGCGGAAGUGCGCCAUGCUGAACGAGAAGCUGGACUCACUGGUGCGGGAGCUGAAUGAGGAGGCUCAGGCCAUCGUGAUCCCUGAGGGAAUGGUGCAGGCCACCCCUGCCGACACCAAGGACCGGGAGAAGGGUGGCAGCGUCAACCCCAGCCCUGUGCCUCGCAUCUUCAAAUCCAAGGAGCAGCUCAUGCUGCGGGCAAACAGCCUGAAGAAAGCCCUGCGGCAAAUCAUUGAGCAGGCAGAGAAAGCUGUGGAUGAGCAGAACAAGCAGACCCAAGCCUACCAGGGCAGCAUGGGCCCCAGCAAGAAGGACAGCUCAGAGGAGCUCAACAAGGAAGAGGAGAGGCUCAGCUCCCGGCGGGAGACGGUGACCUCCGCGUCUUCCUCCAUCAUCCUGGACCGGCCAGACACCUUUGGUAGCUUGCAGUUUCCCGAAGACCCCAGUGCCCUCCACUUCUUGGAGAAAUGCGUCAUGAAUAACUACUUUGGCAUCGGCCUGGAUGCGAAAAUCUCCCUGGAGUUCAACAACAAACGGGAUGAGCACCCCAAGAAGUGCAGGCACAGGAGGGCUUGGUGGGAUUUACCCGCUCUGCACCUGGACAGAGGAGACAUUGCUGUGCCGUGCGACGGGGUGCCCAUCUCGCUGCCCAGCCUGCAGGGCAUUGCUGUCCUCAACAUCCCCAGCUAUGCUGGGGGCAUCAACUUCUGGGGAGGCACCAAGGAGGACAAUAACUUUGGGGCUCCAUCCUUUGAUGACAAGAAGCUGGAAGUGGUGGCUGUCUUUGGCAGCAUCCAGAUGGCUGUGUCACGGGUCAUCAACCUCCAGCACCAUCGCAUUGCUCAGUGCCGCGUGGUGAAGAUCACCAUCCGAGGGGACGAGGGUGUCCCUGUACAGGUUGAUGGAGAAGCCUGGAUCCAGCCGCCCGGCAUCAUCAAGAUCCAGCACAAGAACCGAGCCCAGAUGCUGACAAGGGAUCGGGCAUUUGAAAGCACCCUCAAGUCCUGGGAGGACAAGCAAAAGGGGGAGAGCUACCGAGCGGCUGCCCGGCCACGGCUCAGUUCCCAGCAGUCCAUGGAGUACCUGACUGAGGAGGAGAGCAGCCUCUUGCAGCAGGUCUCACAGGUUGCCGAGACCCUCAUCGCCAGGAUCCACGAAGCAGCCAAGGGUCACAAAGCCGUGGAGCAGGAGCUGGCACACGCUGUCAACACCAGCUCCCUGGCGCUGAGCGAAGCCCUCUCCAACAAAGCCGCUGGCACCUCGGAGCUGGACUCGCCGCAGGAGGAGGAGGCUCUGCACGGCCCCCUGAGCGUGCUGGGCCAGGAGCUGCAGAGGCUGCUGGACAUCCACUGGCUGGGGCCCAUCGCCCACCCCAUUGAGGAGGAAAGCACUGGCGGUGCCAACAAGGGCAGCUUCAAGCUUCGCCUCAACAUCCCCAAGCCCAGGAAGGACAAGGCACAAAAGCAGAAGACGAACAGCUCACUCCCAGCGGACAAAUGGGGCUCCGAGGAGGUGGCAGCUUGGCUGGAGGGGCUUGGUUUGGGGGAGUACAGAGACAUUUUUGUCCGGCAUGACAUCCAGGGCUCUGAGUUGAUCCUGCUGGAGAGGAGAGACCUGAAGGACCUGGGGAUCAACAAAGUGGGCCACAUGAAGAGAAUCCUCCAGGCCAUUAAGGAGCUCAGCAACCCACCCUAG